UUCUGUUCAUGAUGUUAUGAGGCGAGUUUCCUGUGUGCUGAGCUCUCAAUCAGAAGUCAUUCCAUUCUAUUCUACUUCCUCCAAUAAGUAGCUAGGACGGGCGUUUCACGGUUAGCACAUCUGUUUGAGAGACAGAAAGAUGGCAGUGAACCUAAGUAAAAAUGGCAUUGCCCUGACAAAUGCCUACAAAGAGGUGGUAGAUGAGAAAUCCAACACGAACUGGGCCUUGUUCACCUAUGAGGGGAACACUAAUGAUAUACGAUUGGCAGAAAAGGGAGAUGGUGGACUGGAGGAACUGGUGGAGGAACUUAACAGCGGUAAAAUUAUGUACGCUUUCUGUCGUGUCGAAGACCCAAACUCUGGCCUGUGCAAAUACGUCCUCAUCAACUGGACUGGAGAAGGUGUGAAAGACGCCAGGAAAGGACUGUGUGCCAAUCAUGUCAGCUCCAUAGCUAAUUUUCUCAAGGGAGCUCAUGUCACAAUAAACGCCCGUGCAGAGGAGGAUGUGGAACCUGAGGCUAUUAUGCAAAAGGUGGCGAAGGCCUCAGGGGCCAACUACAGCUUCCACAAAGAGUCCAACAAGUUCCGAGACGCUGGUCCCCAGGGACCUGUGGGCUCUGUGUAUCAGAAGACCAACGCCAUGUCUGAAAUAAAACGGACCAAUAAAGACAACUUCUGGGCGCAGGCAGAGAAAGAUGAGGAGAAGCGGCAGCGGGAGGAGCGCUGCAAGGCAGACGAAGAGCGCCAGAAGCUGGAGAAAGAUCGGAAGGAUCGAGAGGCCAAGGAGGCAACUCUCAGAGAGAAGAGAGACAAGGAGAGGGCCUCUAUGAUUGACCAGCAGAAGACGUACCAGCAGCAGCAGGAAGCUGAGAGCAGAGACAAUGAGAAACAACAAUGGGAGGAGCAGGAGAAGGACUUCCAGGCAGCUCAGAAGAAAGGGUUGAAGCGUGGUGAAUCAGUGGAGAAAGCCAAUGAGGCGGCCUCCCUGAUCUCCCAGCGAUCUAUGAACCCCAGAGAGAUGUUCAAGCAGAGAGAGAAGGGCAUGGCCUCCAGCACUGCAGACACCAACACCCCUGCCAGCCCCCAGCCAGGGCGUUUGAACAGCCCUUUUCUUUCUAAGCAACUAUGCGAGCCCGAGCCGUCCCACUUGCCCCUGCGCCAAGCCUCCCCUCUGCCAGCAGGCUCCGCCUCUCCUGUCCCUGCUGCAGAACCCAGUGUGGAUGAGCUCGUUGUGGAUGAGCCCGUUGUGGAUGAACCCACUCCCAGUGUGGAUGAGCCAUCCCAGUCUGAGUGCUUGGAUGAGCAGGAUGCAACCCCUGUUCAGGAUGCAGUCCCUGAGGAUCAGUGGCAAGAUGAAGUUUCAGUAAAGGCAAUGGCAGCUCCCACUCAGCACAACCAUGCCCCAGAGCCAGCCGAAAACAACCUCUAUGAGGAGCCCCCACAGACGGAAGAGAACACGAAUGAGGUGGCUGCAGAGAAGACCAACCGAGGUGUCUGUGCCAGGGCUCUAUAUGACUACCAAGCUGCUGAUGAGACAGAGAUCUCCUUCGAUCCCGAUGACAUUCUCAAUGGCAUCGAGAUGAUUGACGAGGGCUGGUGGCGGGGCUACAGCCCAGACGGUCAUUUUGGAAUGUUCCCAGCCAAUUACGUGGAGCUUGUCUAAGUCCAUACCUUGCCCGCUCACUAGAUCAGCAUAUUGAAGGCAGAAGAGAAAAUAUCCCCCCAGAAGAAUUUGGCAGUAGGGAAACUGCUAGCUCCAGAACACAGCAGGUCAGAAGUAACUCAACAGUGAACUUUUCAUAGUCAAUUGCUGAACUGAAUCCUUCACAAUAUGGACCAAUGUAUGAACAGUGACCAGGGGUUGCUCAAAUCUAUCCCUGUUGAAGAGAGAAAUUCCAUUAUUUAGUUUAUGUUGUGAGAACUUAAAUGGCAUUGUUUAGGUUUUGAUGAAAACCCAUAUACUGGCCAAUCCCAAACUGAAUCUCUUACCUUCUGUGAUGCAGUAAAUUGUCAGACUUUUUUGAUGUUUCAAUUCAAGAUUCCAUUGUGAACAUUAACAGCACUUGUACAUCACAUAUCUUAAAAAGUGAAGCCAGUUUUGUUCCAGGUGUACUUUUUUUGUUAUUUGUAGCAUUCACUCCUGUCAUGUUCAGGAUAAUAACAUUUCAUAGCUCACAUAACGGUACCAAAUAUGAUUUUUUUGCCUUUUCCUCAGACUGAUAUUUUAUGUGAAUAUUUCUAUCAGAAAUGAGUUUGCUUGAAAAUAAUCCUGUGUGAAUUUCAAACCAUAGUUUGCUAUUGCAGUUGAAUAUUAGAAAACCAAAAGGUUAUAGAUUUGCUGUGCUCUCCUGGGUGGCUGAAUUCAAGAAAGAAUGGGGGUGAAAAUGACACAAUCAUCAUCUCCUUGUGAAAUCCUUGUGCAAAAGUAUUAUUUAAAAAAAUAUAUGUAAUGGUUAUGCUAAAGAGCUUGUCCCCAUACCCUCCCUCCCUGCCCUUUUCAGCCCCUAGAGCAGGGUUCUUCAAUUCCGGUCCUGGAGGGCCGAAACACUUCUGUUUUUUAUUUCUACCUGGUAGUUAAUUGCACUCACCUGGUGUCCCAGGUCUGAAUUAACCCCUGAUUUAGAAGGAGAGGAUCAAGGAGAGGAUGAAAAACAGAGGUGUUUCGGCCCUCCAGGACCGGAAUUGAAGAACCCUGCCCUAGAGAAUUUUUAUGACUGUUUCAGGGACCAGUUACACGAAACAAGGCAUGAGUCAUCUUUCCUCUCGUGUUGUUGCCUCGUCUUGUUGUCGUAAUCUGUGUCUUGGGGUACAAUUUGUCUCUGCUUAACCUGUCUUUCACAGUCCAGCUUCCAUCAAAAUACAGGUCUGUGAUUGGCUUAAUUUAGCAGGCUUAAGAGAGCCGUGAUCAGAUGCUGUUAUCAUGUGAGAGUGCCAAACGAGGGUAACGGAGUGGGGGGAUGAUGCUGUCCUCUGGAAAGUGCUUUCUCUCAUUCUAAUCUGUGUGGAAACUUCAAUACCAUUAUGCAGCGUCACCGCUUUUUAACUGAAAUCAUUGUGAAAUAAAACGUUUGUGGGACAUUGUCACUUUAAAAACGAUCACUGUAAUUUCAAGGUGCAUGAUGUAUCCAUUGUCCAUGUUUUUGUUUUUCAAGAGUAUAUUGUAAUGCUAAUACGUUCGUCAUAAUAAAAGAGUUCAAGUAAAA